AUGGCGCAAAUGACCCAUUCCGCCAUCCGUGAGCUUCGCUUUGUUACUGUUAGUGGCCAGAAGUCUCAUCCGACUACGGACAAGAAGGAGCGCAGCUCGGUGCGUGCCUUUGUGAUGCGAGAUUAUCUGAGACAGAAGAGCGAUCCCACAUCGAAGUUUACUCCUGCAAACGUUGGCGAUCGCAUCACUCCCCACAUAUCACGAUUUCGAUCCACCAGACCUUCUUCAGCAAUGAAGCCCAGGAAACGGAGAAUGGUAGCAACUCAUGAUCACAGCUCCGCGAAGCCCAGAAGUCAACGGUUACUUAUCCCCGCAUUUCCUAGUUCGAAUGAUGAACGCUCAGUGGUUUCACGGCUCCACGAUCUGGACGCGCUGGACCCUUUCGGUACGCUGAACGUUGAUCUUGCGGAACCGCAAACCCAAAGUCUUCUUCAGUACUAUCAGACUUCUUUCUGGGCCAACUCAUUUGCCUGCAAUCCCGAGGCGAGAUGGAUUUCAGUGGCACUAAUGGAUCCAGCAAUUAUCCACGCAACACUGAGUUUAGUAGCAAUCCAUAGAAGAGACUGUUUCUCGAUUGAUCUGAAUAAGGUUUACUUCAAGCACCGAGGCGAAGCCAUGCAGAUUGUUUCGCAAAGACUAAGCAAUCUGCAAAAAUCUCUGAGCGAUGAGACCAUUGGGGCAGUUGCACUUCUUUCUAGUUCCGACAAUCACUUUGACUGGCCAUCAGAGGCUCAAACCACACAUUCACAAGGACUAGGCCAUUUGAUUGCCAUGCGUGGUGGCAUGGAGACUUUAAACUCGAACAGACACAUCCAGAGAGUGGUCGGAUGGGCAGACUUGCUGCAAUCCGCGAUGCAUGGCACAAGACUUCGGGUCCAGAUGCCAACCGCGGUGGAGGAAGCAUCAACCAAGGACCUGAUUCCGAACAUUGACAGCGAAGAGCAAAAUUUAUCACCGGGAAUUGUCCUACAAGACCUCACUCAAAGCGUUGGCGAUUUGCUUCGACAGCUCCGCACUUUAUCCUCUCUGAAGACUGUCUUACUCCAGGAUCGCCAACAGCACUUGUGUCGGACCUUUAGCAAUCUACUUUGGAAGCUCGAAUAUUCCAUACUGGAUCUUCGGCAGAAAUCAGCGAAUGUCGCUGUUCAUAAUCAACGUGGGACACAUCCUCAGCAUAAGCUGAAGCCAAAUGUGGUUGGCAUCGCUACGCUGAUAUUCUCAUAUCUGACUCUUCGAGAUCUUGCCGCUCCCAUUCUCUAUGUCAGGCUAAGCGGACGUCUGAGAGCUUAUCUAUCAACAAUGAUGACACCUCCGCAAAGACCUCAAAAACACACGGAGCCGGCCCGAAAUGAGGAUCAGCUCCUGGUUGAUGAUUUUCUGGGCGAAAGCGAGCUCGCUGUUCUCUUGUGGUCGCUUUAUCUCGGUUGGCGUGGAUCACAAAGCGACGUAAAGAACCGCAUAUGGUUUACAGAUCAAGUCGCCCAGCUUUGCUGGAGGCAGGGAAUCUUGUCGUACGAGUCGAUCGGUGAGAAGAUUCAAACCGUGAUUCCUCAAGCCCAGACAUUGCUGGACAUUCGGGAGGAGUUCUGGGAUGAGGUGGAAGAUGUUAUGUGGUCCAAGAUGAUCUCUCUAUCCUAG